AUGACGAAAGCCGUUGAAAAGGUACUCGCACAAUUUAAGGAACGGUUUGACAGAUAUCCGAAAGCAGCACAAUUCGACGACGGAAAGGAAUUCUACAAUGUAGGAGUAAAGACGUUGUUAAAGGAUCACGAUGUCCAUUACUUUUCCACGAGAACCUUCGAGAAAGCUGCACUCGUCGAGAGAUUUAAUAGGACUUUGAAAACAAGAAUGUGGAAAUAUUUUACGGAAAGCAAACGAAAGUUUGGGUGGACGUUGUACCUGCCUUCGUCAAAUCCUAUAAUAAUUCCACGCACAGGACGAUCGGGAUGAAACCGGCGAAUGUGAACGAGGAGAACAAGGACGAAGUUUGGACAAGGGUUUAUGGAUAUCCACUGGACAGUUUUCCGAAACCCAAGUUCAAAGUCGGGGAUCACGUCAGGGUGGAGAUAAAACAUAAAACGUUCGAAAAGGGAUACGAACCCAAUUUUGACAACGAGAUGUAUGUCAUCACGGAGGUGUUUCGGGGAGAUCCCAACAUGUCCAGCCUUAAGGAUCCGGAGGAUGGGGAAGACAUUUUAGGAAGAUAUUACGAACAGGAAUUAUCUUUAGACUUAAAUAAAAAUGGAAACAGUGGAGAUGAAUGACUUGUCUAACGACCGGUAGGUAGUGGUGGAGCCGAAGGAGGUGAGGAAGGUAGUGGUGGAGCCGAAGGAGGUGAGGACGAAACGGUAAUUGACGAAGACGAUUUCCUCGAUCACCUCGACUAAACAGUUGACGGACUAAGUGAAGCAAAAGCCUCUAGUUUCCGUGAAGAGAACAAAGACGACACAUACAGAAGGAGGAAGAAGCGCAGACGGAUAAACUGUACUUAACCGGAAUUUUUAAUGACAUAAAGAGAGAGUUUGCCAGAGAAUUGUUGAGUAGCGAAUACCGAACAGAUCCGACCGACGGACAAAAUUCCAGGGAAUUUAUCUCUCGUUUGGACAUAACUAAACAUAAGCUGUCGUUCGACGGAACCGUUAUCGGGUACAUUGAUACUGGUGGUGCAUUCAGAAUGUCCGGAAAUAAAAAAUCUGCCGGGUCCAUGACACAAUUCAAAAAGCUAUAUGAAAAAGCACUAAUCGAUCACAAGGAAAAAGUCCGCAGCGUGGUGGAAGAGGAGACCGGAGGAGACAUGCUAGAGGAGAACGCGGAGGAAACCUACGAAAACGCCGAGGAGAAAUUUCACCAGGACGUUGUCAACGCAAGCGAUAACCUUGCGGAACAAGCGGAAAGAUUGGAAAGUGAAGGAAAAUAA